AUGCGCCUGUUCAAAGUCGUUAGCAAUUCUCUUUGCUUGAUCACAGUAGAAGCACAUUCAUUUGGUGCAACUUCUGACGCCAACAUGUCCAAUAACCAACUGAGAAAUGAAAUAUUACUAGAGUUAGCAUUUUUACAGUCUGUGGGUUCCAAAAUUUUUCUUGGUCCUUUUAUUAAUGGGAACAAAUUAAGAAUGGUUGGUUAUUAUAUAACGUGUAUCCUAAUGAUGUGUACAAUAACGCAACUUUCAUUCACACUAAUCACUGAUGGUAGCAAGGAUUGGCUUGAAAUCAUCAACAUCGCCCCAAAUCUGGGUGUAAUAAUAAUGGCUUAUAUAAAGUAUACAAGAAGUCACGCUUAUAAAGAGUUGUAUGAAGAGAUAUUUUACCAUUUUAAAGAUGGAAUGUGGAAUAUCGUUGCAAGACAAUCCCAAGAACACCAGAAAAUUGUGAAGAGCUAUAAAUGGAUGGUCAUGGCAAUCAAUCGCUUUUUAGUUUUCUAUACUAUUCCUUUAACUUUAAUAGUCGAUUCUUUCCCUUAUUUAUUUAUGGUGUAUAAUAACAAAAUGCACGGAGUCACUGACGAAUAUUUAUAUCCUUACGAUGCAUGGUAUCCUUUCAAUAAAGUAAAAUGGUACGCUGCUGCAUAUAUUUGGGAAAGCUUUAUGACAGCUAUUGUUAUAGCUGUUUUUGUAAUCUUGGAUGUAAUGCACACAUCUUAUAUAGGAUUUAUUUGUAUGGAAUUAAAAUUACUCGGGAAUUGCUUAGAAGAAAUUUUGAGUCCAGACAAUGUGGUUGCAAUACUUGAAGACCGUAACGCUCGUGAGGUUCACCGGACUGUCGUAAAUAAAUUGAAAAUCAUUAUAUCAAAACAUAUCUUCUUAGCCAAAAUAACAUCUAAACUAGACAAAGUUCUGGGUGACGCAAUGCUUCUCAACUAUUCCCUCGGAGCUAUAUUCAUUUGUUUAACAGCUUUUACAUUCACGGUUGUAGAUGUCACAUACAAACGGAUACGUUACUUUCUUAUGUUUAUGUCGCUAGUCAUUGAAAUAUUUAAUCAAUGCCUUCUUGGACAAGUAUUAAAUGAUCAUAGCAAAAAUCUCACAGAAGCAAUUUACUUUAGCGACUGGUCAUACGCUAGCCCCGAAGCAAAGAAAUUGAUGCUAAUGUUUAUGAUGAGAACCCAAAAACAAUUUCGUUUGACAGGAAAGGGAUAUAUUGUUAUGAAUAUGAACAGUUUCAGUAGCAUAUGCAGCUCAUCAUAUCAGUUUUAUAAUUUAUUGCGCACGAUUUAUAAAUAA